AGCUGAUUUUACGACAUCGAAUGCGGUAUCAGUUUACGGCAACAUGGCAGCCUACUGGCUUGGACUGAGUAUCAGUCGGCUCUGACAAUAAGAACCUGGAUCUUCAUGAUGAAAAGGUGGACGGACAGAUCCGGACCAGCAGGUCGAUAACAGAGGGCUUGUGAAGAUGAUGAUGUGUUUCCAGAGGAUUUCCACGCCGCUGUACCGGAGCGCAGCAAACGCUCGUGGUCUGACGUCCGCGGGUGUGUGCGGGCUCCAGCCUGCGUCAUGGCGGCACAGACACACACCUGUUACCGAGUACGCAAAGGUGAAACACACCCCGGUCAGUGGCUCGUGGCUGCUCAGACUCAAAGGGACGGACAGCCCGGUCUCGUGUUGGAGCGGGAUCCUACAGCAGGUCAAUGCAACGCCCUGGCACGCGCACGGAUCACGCACUGUACCCGUGUACAGGGGAGGUCAUGAGAGGUCGGUGGCCAGUUUCCGGUCCUUACUGUCACCCACAGCUCGUGGGCUCUGCAGUGGAAAGAGCAAGGAGACACCGGAAAGCCCACCGGCAGCGGAGCAGAAUGAACCGAGCACGGUACCGGGACAUGGACUGUUCAAGUUCAAAGAGCUGGUGAGGACACAGACAUGUUUCACUGUGCUACUCUCUUACCUGCAGGAAUGAUAAUACUCUACUACUAUAAAUAACUUACCAAUUUAAAUCUUGAGAUAUUAAAUGUUUUCAGAAUAUUCAUAUCCUAGUCCAAAUAGAUGUCCUGUCUUUGACUCAUAAUUACACAGUCAAACUCUCACAGGAUUGUAAGUAUUCAAUGUGAAAUAGGCGAACAGCUGUUAAAGUUUUUUCUGAUCAUUUACAGCUACAGUGACAACUAUAAUCAUGUUUACAUAAAAUCUUUUCCAGAUAUAAACUAGUGGGCAGAGAUGUCAUAAAUAAAAUGAAGGAAGAGUAUCAUCUUUCCAUCUGAAAUUCAAAAAAUGUGCAGACCUGACAACUAGACAGACAGGCAUGUGUUUUAGCUAAAAUUAGUACAUUGGAAGAGGCUCAGUAUGGUUGCACAGACAUUUAGCAGGUUGUUUACAGCUAUCUUAGAGAAGUUUUGAUGUAUUAUUGUUCAUAUAUGGGUCAAUGGCGUAACAGUUUUUUUCCCAUCUUUACUUAAAUUCAAAAAGGCUAGAAUUCACAAAUAAACUCAUCAAUUACUUGGAUACAUUCUCUUUUUGAAGACUUAGUCUAAAAUGUCUAGAUUUUACUCCAUUUGGAGAGAAUAUUCAGGGAAUAAUGGGAAAAAUGUCAAUAUGGUGUAACAAUAAAAACUCUGUAACUGGUCUGUGUCACUUGGUGUAACCAGUAUUUUUCAUUAAAAAAAUAGAAUAUUUGAGAAAAUGCAUGGGGAAUGGAAUUUACUCCUCUACUGCAACGCACUAACAUAUAUCUUAACAGUUUCUACAUGAUUUGUCAAAUGUUAUUUAGAAAAUUCCAGCUGUUUUCAGCAUUUCUCCUGCUCUAUAUUGCAAAAAUGCAUCUAAUUUUUUUGUGUAAAAAAAUCCUGACAAAAUGUAUUUUCAACUGAUGUAUUAUGAUGAAGUAACUAUUUUUAAAUACACUUGGUGGAAAUAAGUAUUAAAUAUUUCCCCUUUUGUUAUGGUUACACCACUAGACAUUUUCAAGGGAAAUCCAUCAUUCAUUUUGUAAAAAAAAAAGGUGUAAAUUAUGCUAUUUGAAAUUAUAUGAAACUAACAGAGAUACAAAAUAUAAAUCUUUGCAAACCUAAUUCAAACUUAAAAACAAUUUAUUAAAAUAUGUUUGAAUUACUCAUGAUGCAAACCCUUAUUUGUCACUGACACAAAUACCCUUUUAUAGCCAGACCACAUGGGCUUAGAUAACAUCAUGAGUUUAAAUAGUCCAGGAUCAGAGUAUAUUGAAGUUUUGUUUAUUAUUAUGGAACAAAAGAAAAAUAACACAGAAACUAAAAAGAGUAUUUUACCCUCUUUUUCAGGCUUUUAAGGAAAAAAAACUCCAUCUAAAACACAUCAAACUUUUGCAGCUUUUUCAUUCUUUUCUCAUCUCAACACAAAACAAUUUCAGGGUUAAGGUUAGCCCUAAAACAACUCCCUCAAGAGUUGCUGAAGAAGUUUUUUUUUUUUAAGCCCAAAAGAAACUGUGACUGAAAUCACACAACUCUCAAAGUCUGUUUUUUUAACUGGAAUAGUUUUGAAUCAGCCAACGUAAGUUGCUAGAGGAAGACUACCAGAUCUAAACUGUGCAACUAAGGAUCUUUGGUUUCUAGAUGAGCCAAGUUGUUAAAUAUAGCUCAGGGACAAAGAUGUUUGAUUUACCUUUGGUUCACACAGUACAUUUUUAAACUAAUAUGACAGUAUUUUCAGAGAUCUUUAUUUGUGAUAAAGGUGAGGGGCUGCUACACACUGCUUGAAUGAGUUGUUAGUAUGACUAGGCUGAUUUUAGUUAUGUGUUGAUAUAUGUUCUUAUGUAUAUGUCUUCAAGUACUAAAAGUUAUGCAUAUAUGUUCAGUAAAUAUUUUGCAUUUUACUUAUGAGACUUUGUUUUUUAUUUCCUGCAGUAUGAGAACCCAUGGACCAUCCCCAAUUUUCUGUGUGUGUGUCGGAUCGUACUGGCUCCCUUCUUGGGUCACUUGAUCAUCGAGCAGCACUUUCACCUGAGCCUUGCUCUCUUUAUACUGGCUGGAGCCACUGACCUGGUAAAGCACGCUUUUGCUAAGACACUUGUUGCACAUUUUUUUUCAUGUAGAGCUGCAGAAUUAUGACCCACUGCAGUGCAGGAUGACUGUACUGUCAUCAUUACUGCCAUAUAAUUAUCACAACUAUAUAAUUAAUAUUACUGUAAUACUACUGUUGGCUCAUCUUCAAUGUCGUCACCUUUUGUUAAAACCUCCUAGUUUCUGUAUUUGUAUCUGUAGACCUUAUAAUAUAAAACUGUCCUCAAAUAUUACUAACAUAUUUUACCCUUGGGGUCAAUCUGAUCCCAGGUAUCUUUGCCCCCAGAAAAUGAUUUACAUGCAAUUGUUGACCAAGAUUUUGGUCAGGCACUUUGUUUAUUUGUUGAGUUCAUAAAUAACCCUGUAACAAUGAAACCUAUCAGUGGGUUGACCUUUCCUGUAGCGCCACCAUCAGGUCGAACUUUCAGUUUUAGAGUUCGUGUAUCUUGAAAAUCUUUCCUCCAACAUUUUUCUUGUCUGGGGCGCACAUUCAUGACUCUCCCAGACUGAACCAUAUUGAUUAUUUUGCAUGAAUUACCCAUGUUCCUGCGGGAAUACCCCACCCUACACAGCACAGGAAAUACAGUAUCAGUCCUGUACUUUUACAUGUGUGAGUGCAGUAGGUCACCCCUACACACACACACACACCUUUAGGUCCAUGGUGCAGGAAAGUUCUCUUGAGAAUAUUGUUUCCCUCUCUUCCAUGUCACGGUAGCACCAAAAAUGGAAAAUUAUGGUCCCUCUACUGACUUCAACAACAAGGUAGACGUGCUGCUGAGUGUGUCUCACCAGACACACAGUCCGCCUGUUGAAGAUGUUCAUUUUUCAAGCUUUUCAUAUAACCAUCAAAUAUUGUAUUUGAGAUGAUCAUUUAGGAGUUAUUUGUAGUUGUGAAGACUGUGGCGUGAUCAACUUGCAAGCCUACAGUGGCUUCCUCAUUUUGGCAGGAGUUCACAAGUCAAGUUGUUUACCACAUGUCCACACCACGAGAAGUGUCAAAGUUCCCCACCUCUCUGUUAUGUAUCAACUCAAAAGUAAUCAUUCUGCACCAGCCGGUAUGGGGAUGUUAGGUCAAACACGCAGACAAGGAAGUUUUACACAGCCAAAACAGCUUGGGGUCACAUUGACCCCAGAGGAACAAAAAUGCAUGCAAUAUGUGUACAGCAGAUUAAAAAUAUAGCAUGAUAAUUGUAUGCUUGAUCAGUUGUCCCCAUCAAAUCAGGAAAAGUCACGAAAUAUGAAGCAAAAAAAACAGUCAAGUAUUAUUUUUUGAAUGAUAAACAUUAGAUGGGGUCAAAUUGACCCCAAGGAUAAUCGGAGGGUUAAAUGCAUCUCUUAAAUUUUCACGUCUCUUUCCUCUGUCUCUAUAACACAGUUGGACGGUUACAUCGCCAGAACAUGGCCGACUCAAAAGUCUGCAUUGGGGAGCGCUCUGGACCCAUUGGCUGAUAAGAUUCUCAUCAGUAUUUUAUAUCUAAGCCUCACCUAUGCUGAGCUUAUACCAGGUACUGACCUUUAAAUGCAUCUGUGGUAUGCGACAGUCUAACAGUAAUUUCAAAGCAUUACAGACAAGCUAAUUGGUUGUUUUAUUUCAGCUCUACUGACGGCUCUGGUAAUAUCCAGAGACAUCGGUUUGAUCGCUGCUGUCUUCUGGGUCAGAUACAAGACUGUACCUCCACCUGUAAGACACAUUUCAGUCCAUACAAGAAACUUUUUCAGAAUGUUUUAGUUAAUAGGACUUGAACACUGAGACUGUAAGUCUCAAUAUUUGGUGUAAAACUUUUAAGAAGAAGGAAAUAACAUUAAAUGUCAUGAGGUUUCAAAUGACUGAAUUAAGCCUACUUAAAAGUGCUUCUUUUUUUUCACCAGGUGACCCUUAGUAAGUUUUUUAAUCCCUGCUACACGACAGCUCAGCUCAAACCCACACUCUUCAGCAAGGUAAGACACACACACUCAAACCACCCCCACACUCUCAGUGAUCCUUCACUUUGAACAUUUGGUACAUUUCUGCACUGAAGUGAAAUUUAGCAUCAAUGAAUUCUGAAAUCCAGCAAAGACGAGCGACAGUUUAGCAAUUGACCCUCCCACCUGACCUCGUAAGUGCAUCAUAAGUGAGGGAGUGUAUGCUCAUGUGUUUCAGUAGAGUGACUUUGAGAGGGUGGUCUGAGCUGAUGGAAUGGAUUUCUUUUUUAAUGGAUGCCUUCAAAAUCUACCUCAUUGGAUCUGUUAUUUGCACUGUUACCUAAACCAAUAGACUAGGAUGAACAAAGUAGGGCUGCAUGAUUAAUCAAUUUUAAUCGGAAUCUGAUUAUUUGAUCAUGAUGAUGAUUUUAAAAAAAUUAAAAUCGUCAAAUCGAUUUUCCUGUCUAUCAUGUCUUGCACCUCCAGGCCACCGUAGGGUCCCCCUUCCUGCAAGAGCACUCCCCAGUUCCCACACACACCAGUGUAAACAAACAUGGUGUUUGCAAAAGAAGGCAAUAAUUUCGUGGCUAAAUAGGGCAAGAGCAAGUCAGGCGUGAGGAAUUGGUACAGCCCUGCAGUUUAAGACAAAGAAAAAGUCUGUCUGAAGCGGUAUCAGUACGUCCACACAGAAAUGAAUUUAAGAGUAAACGCAAAAGUUUUUCGGCGUUUUAUCUACAUGGAAAUGGUGUUUUGGGUGACUGUAAACGCUACUUUUUGAAAGUGGGUCAGAGAGUGCAUAAAUCUGUAAACGACUACCAUUUCAUCUCUGUGUGGAUUUCUAUUUGCAUCUCUCUUGAAAUGAUGAUGUUACACACAGCGUAACUCAGCGUAACACCUGCACGUGUCCAGCCAAGAUAACCUUAAUGUGCAUGCUCCAAAUCAUGCAAAGUGUAUUUUAUUAUUUCAUUCAUCCUCCCAAUAUCCAAAUUUCACUGUUAUUAAGUUGUAGAGUUUUUGUUUAAGCAGAAAAAAAGAAAUUUGAACUUCUUAAAUGUAAAACAAUCUUUAUUAUUUUUCAAACAGACCCUCAGGUUGUUAGAUCAUUCGUGUGACUGUGACUAUACUCUUUUUCAAUUACACUUAAAAGCCAUGAUGAUGAUAAACUAAUUUUUUACAUAAUCCAUAUUUUCAGCUUAUUUAUGGAUACUUUCAUACACUGAGUCUGAGCGUACAUGAAAAAGUUAUCUCUGAUACAUGGAUGCAAAAAUGUGAUCUGCAAAAACAAUCAUUAAAAUUCACUGUCAAAAUGUUUUUUAAUGGCUAAACCACAAACGCUGCAUAAUUUACUUUGAUAUUUCUGUCAGAUACAGUCCUGGAAGAAGUGGAUGGCAGGACUAUCAUUUUUACUUGCCUGUGUUGUUUUUUCGUACUUUGGAAGCAGCCAAAAGUGUCAUCGCUUGCUCUGCGUGUUUCCCCCAAAAUAAUGAGCCAAACUUCAUUUACCCUGAGACCUGUGUUGGUUCUUUUUCAUAAUGUGUUUCUCUGACUUUGUGUUUUAUUUAUUUUGUUAUUUUUGCCAGGUGAACACAGCCAUCCAGCUCCUUCUGGUUGCAGCCUCUCUGGCUGCUCCAGUCUUCCAGUAUACAGACAGUGUUCUGCUGCAGUGCUUAUGGUAAAUCACUUACAUUAUUUAUAUUACACAUGAUGAUACACAGCUCUCAUCUACUUGUUUUCAAUAUAUAUAAUCCCCUUUCCUUUUCACUGAAGUGGAACCAAAAGUGCAGGCUGUACCGAGAGGUGACUGAUUUGCAAUGUUUCAUCAGACUCAAGUACAUAAAUGCCGCUUUUCUCCUGCUGUGUUUGGAUCAAGCAUAUUGACUCAUUUCUGUCUACGACUCUGUGUGAGUCAAACAAUAGAGAUCCAACUCAGGGCCAGUGUGUCACAGUCACAGUGACCUACAUGUUUGAGACAUAUAAUAUUUCACAGUCUGUUGCAGUAAUCUACACAACAUGCCAACUCGGUAGCUCUAAGUUUUGUGACAAUAACUUAAAGGAGUGUAACCAACUUUGAAGCAGAAGUGUCUUCUCAGAAGUCAGCGGGAGUUCAGGUUCAGAUGAGACUCAUUAGUCUAACAGCCAAAGUUAAACACGAGGUAAAACUAAAAGCACAAAAUGAUAGAUGAUAUAAAUCAGUCCACAUCCAUCAAGUAAGUGCAGUGUUUCCCCUACAUUCAUUCAGCAGCGGCGACUUGUUUUGAGUCAUCAAUGAGCGCAUCAAAUCCUGUCGGACCCUUUUCCAUUAAUGUGAAGGGUAACCUUCAAGCUUACACGGUCUAUAUAUCAAGUAGCGCGGGUAACGUAAUGUAAUGUGAACGUAACAGCAUAACUCCAUGAGUGAAAAUUAACCCCCCCCCCCCCCCCCAACACAGAAGCGCCGCUGCCAAAAAAAAAAAAACUCUAGGGGAAACACUGAAGUGUAAUGUGUAUUUGUUUAUCCAACUUACACACAUUAAACAUUAAUGUGGCAAUUUAAAAUCAUUUGUAUAUAUGUGUAAAUAUUUAUUGAUUAGUGUAGAAUUAUCUGAUUGAAGAUUCCAGUGAAAUAUUUCUGUACAUUAUGUUUGAAUUGGUAAAUGAUGCUGUCAAACCAUCUGAUUGGUCACAAUCAUUAAUGACAAAUAACUGCUUCAAUUUGGAAAGUUAAUAUCAUCUUGUAUUGUUUUGCAGGUAUGUUACCGCGGUGACUACAGCAGCUUCAGGCUACAGUUAUUGGCACUACGGCCGCAAGACUGUUCGGGUGCUUAACACCAAAUCACCAUGACAACCAUACCAGAAAAUGCCCAGAGAGCAGAACAAAAGCAGUGAACAGCUGUGGCAAAGACACUAAUCAACUGCAGCAAAAAAGGGUGAGACAGAAAGAUGGAUGAAUAAACCAAGUAGCCGUGACAACUGUUUUAUGAACCGUUGUGGCAGUGAGGCAUGGGAGCCAACCAUGGCCGCCCGCAGAUGAAUGCCGAAUAGAAGCCCUACCCAUGAACGGAUCGUGGACCUGAGAUGCAUAUUCACACAGACAGUAAAUACGAAUAUAGGCCAUCCAUCCACCCACUUACCCACACUCACAACCACUCAAACAUACGUGUCAAAACAUGUCAAGUAUUUGUCGAGUGAUCUGGCAAGAGCUUCUAUUUUUGUCUCAGAUUUCCAAUCAAGAGGUUACAAUGUCCGCCAAAUCAUCGUCACAUGAUUUUCAGUUUUGUAAAAAAAAACAAACGAUGAUUUAUGAUUAAAAGAGAAAAUCUGC